AUGGCUUUGACAACAGCUUGGCCCCUAAUCAACGGACAAACUGCACCAGCCAAUUCCGUAGCGAAUCACACUGGAAACGCAGCAGGUUCUUCGACAUUGCCACCAUCAACACCUGUCAGCAGAUUGGAUAGACAUGAGGUAGUCUAUGAACCCUUAACUCAGUCUAAUCCCUACUAUCUGCAUGUAAACGAGAAUCCAAGCUUGGAACUCGUUUCGUUCCCUUUGGAUGGAUCAAAUUACCAUGCGUGGGCUAGAGCCAUGACCAUGGCUCUAUCCUGCAAGAACAAAGUACCCUUCAUUAAUGGGGCUAUCAAGAAACCUUCUCAGGACGAUCUGGAGAAGUAUUAUGUCUGGGAAAGAUGUAAUAAUAUUGUCUGCACUUGGUUAGUUCGUUCCUUGUCUCCAACCAUUGGACGCAGUGUUCUAUGGAUAGACACUGCAUAUGGCAUUUGGGAAGAUCUGAAGAGGAGAUUUAGCCAACAAGAUCUAUUCCGGAUUGCUGAAAUCAUGUGUGAGAUAUAUCAAACUAAACAGGGUGAUGAUUCUCUGAAUGAGUACUUUACUAAACAAAAAUUGUUGUGGGAUGAAUUGGUCAUUCUUAGACCUCCAAUGCACUGCACUUGUUCCGUUAAGUGUGCUUGUGGAAAGAAACUGGAUCAAGUAAAUGAGCAAGCUGAGAAGGACAAACUGUCCAUCUUUCUAAUGGGGUUGCAUGAGAAGUACACAGGGGCAAGAAACCAGAUCAUCCUCAUGAGACCCUUACCUGAUGUCAAUGAAGCAUACUCAAUGGUUGCUCAGCAAGAAAGACAAUUCCAGAUAGGGGCUACUGGAUUUAGAAACCAGCUAUGUCAAGCUGGUGAAAAUAGCAACAGCAAUGGAAGUGCCUUCUUAGACAAGGGUGAAGGUGGUUUCCAGCAAGGAUAUAAGAAGGCACAAACACCUUACAAGAAACCUGUGUGUACAUACUGUGGCUACACAGGUCACACUCAAGAUAAAUGCUAUAAAAAGCAUGGAUACCCACCUGGUUGGAAGCCAAAAUCAAGAAGCCAAUCUGUGAAUCAAGUACAGGGAGCUUCUGUGGCACAUCAGCAUAAUAGUGAUGAGAAUGUGUCAUUCAAUCAAAAUGACUUCAAGAAGUUCAUGGAGUUUAUGCAGAUGCAAAAGUCCAUCAGCAAUUCACCUCUUGAUCAGUCACCACAAGCCUCCAUCAACACUGUGGCUGCUGAUCUGCAAAGUGAAGGUAUAGCCUCAAUCAAUUCUGUUAAACAUGGUGUAAUUGAUUGGAUAGUGGACAGUGGUGCCACUCACCACAUUGUGUCUGAUCUGAUUCUGUUAAAGAAUCAAAAGAAAGUUCAAAAUCUUCAUGUUGAUUUGCUAAAUGGGCAGAAGGCUGCCAUUGCCUGCACUGGAACAGUAUGCUUAUCCAAUGACUUUAUCUUACAUGAUGUAUUAUAUGUACCUGGCUUCCAUUAUAACCUGAUCUCUAUAGGAUCCUUCAUUAGGGAUUCCAAAGGUGCCAUUGAAAUACACACUAACCAAUGUAUCAUACAAGAUGCUAUCCAUGGCAGAAUGAUUGGAAGAGCUGAGCUGCAAAAUGGACUGUAUCACUUAGUUUUUCCUAUAGUUCCUACAGUUGUUUGUAACACUGCUUCAAUUUCUAGCAAGUGUAUUUUGUGGCACUCUAGAUUAGGGCAUGCCUCUCAUGCUAAAAUUCAGCUCUUGAAGAGUAUAGAACCUGAGAUUCAGAUCAAUAAAGAAAUGGCUUGUGACUGUUGUCAUUUUUCUAAACAAAAGUGA